CACUUCCUCUCUCUAUCUCUCUCUCACUUCACUUUCUCUGUGUCCGUUGGAACCAAACAGUUUCUCUCUCUUUCUCUGUCUUCUUUCACUCUUUCCCUUCGCUCCUUUCUCUGUCACACACACAGAGACGGAGACAAAGCGCCCACACACAAUUCCUCACUCUACAGUCUAUACACUUCAUUUUUUUCACUCUCAGAGAGUCUCUGGCAAAGAAAGCCUCUACCUUGUUGUUUUUCUUAUUCUUGUUUGAGAUUAACAUGACCACAUUCUUAACUAUCUUUUACUUUCAUUCAUGAAUCCCACCACCCAACCCCCACCGUCGUUGCCGCCACCACCGUUUCCGCCGCCGCCGCAGCUUCUCCAACCCCACCGCCCCUCCACCUCCUGCGACCGCCACCCGCAGGAGAACUUCACCGGCUUCUGCCCUUCAUGCCUCUGCGAGCGCCUCGCCGUGCUCGAUCCCAACUCCAACUCCUCCUCCUCUGCUGCCCGCAAGCCGCCAACUUCCUCCACCGCCGCCGCCGCCCUUAAGGCCAUCUUCCGCCCCUCCGCCGCCGCCCGCAACCGCCCUCCCCCCUCCUCAUCAUCCUUCCUCCCGGAGCUCCGCCGCACAAAAUCCUUCUCCGCCUCCAAAAACGAAGCCCUCUCCGGUUUCUUCGAACCGCAGAGAAAAUCCUGCGACGUCCGCGCCCGCAGCACCCUCUUCUCCCUCUUCAACCAAGAAGCCGCCGCCUUCGUCGAGCUCGAAACCCGACACAACCUCCCCUCCUCCUCCAUCGUUCAGAAACCCGUCCUCGAGUUCGAAGAAGAAGAAGAAGAAGAACAAGACUACAACAUUAUCGUUCACGACAACGACACUAGGGUUCCAGACUCACUACAACUACAAUCAGAACCAGAAGUAACCAAUAACACCUUCACUGAACACAGAGUUUCGGUUUCGGAAAUCGUAGAAGAGGAACCGGAGAUAGUGCCAGAACCCGAAGCUGACGUGGCGGAAGAAGAAGAGGAAGACACACUGAAGGCGAUGAAGGACCACAUGGAUCUGGACUCCCAAACAAAGAAACCCUCCGGCGGCCGCGACUUGAAGGGCAGCUUCUGGUCCGCGGCUUCGGUAUUCAGCAAGAAGCUUCAGAAGUGGAGGCAGAAGCAGAAGAACAAGAAGCGCGAGCGAAACGGCGUCGUUGUGGGCUCCGGGACACUCUUGCCGGUUGAGAAACCGAUCUCGCGGCAAUUCCGCGAGACGCAGUCGGAGAUCGCCGACUACGGCUUUGGGCGGCGCUCCUGCGACACCGAUCCGCGGUUCUCGCUCGACGCCGCCCGAAUGUCGUUCGAUUUCGAGGAGCCGCGCGCUUCCUGGGACGGUUAUUUGAUGGCAAGAACGACGUCGUCGUUCGCCGCGGUUCCUCCGAGGAUGCCUACGAUGAUCGAAGACGUGCCGGCGCCGGCGACGGUUCAGGUUCUCAGAACCGAUUCUCUUAUCCCCGUGGAGGAGCCGGAAUAUGAGGACACUGUCACUCUCAAUCUCAAUCUUAAUCCUAAUCCUAAUCCUAACCUACCUGGUGGUUCUGCUCAGACCAAGGAGUAUUAUUCGGACUCUUCUUCGCGCAGAAGGAAGAGUCUUGAUCGGUCUAGUUCGAUUAGAAGGACUGCUGCUGCUGUUGUUGCUGAAAUGGACGAGUUGAAGGCUGUUGCAAAUGCUAGUGCUGGUGCUAAUGCUAAUGCAAGGGUUACUCCGGCUGCUUCUGCUGAUUAUGUCCAUAAUAAUCCUUUGAGGGACUCGAAUUUGAAUUCGAAUUUGAAUUCGAAUUCAAAUUCGAUGAGGGAUGAUGAGAAGGGGAGUUCUAAGAAGUCGUCGAGCCGGUGGAGCAAGGCGUGGAGUAUAUGGGGAUUGAUACACCGGAGGGGGAGUAAGGAGGAGGAUGGUGGAGGGAAUGGGAAUGGGAAUGGAGUGGAGAGGUCAUACUCGGAGUCGUGGCAGGAGUAUAGAGGAGGAGUAGGGGAGAGGAAUGGGGAUGUUAGGAGUGGUGGUUUUAAUCCCAAGUUGAUGAGGAGUAAUAGCAGUGUGAGUUGGAGGAACGGGCAGGGUAUGAUAGGUGGUGGUGGAGGGUUUGGGAAUGUGAGUAUGAGGAAGAGUGAUGUGCAAGGGAAUGGGCUUGGACUUGAACUUGGGGGUAGGAAGGGGAGGGACGAGUUUGUUGGGUUGGAGAGGAACCGUCGUGCGAGGUAUUCCUCGCCGAACAGCAUUGAUAACAAUGGUUUAUUGAGGCUCUAUUUGGGCAGCCGGAGAAACGGGUCUGGCAAAGGAAGGUCGAACCAGGCACAUUCUAUUGCCAGAAGCGUACUUCGAUUGUAUUAAAAAAAAUUGGAGGUGUUCUUUGGUCUGAUGAUUUAGUUAGUUAACUUACAUUUGGUGCAUUUGUUUGUGUAAAACCACACAUGCUACCUAUGUAUUCGGUUGGUUUACUUGGUUAAUUGGUUGGAGAUGGAUAAAAGAACCUGAAAUCCUGCAAUAUCUUUUUCUUUUUUACAGUCAAUAGCAUGGUUGGUUCUUUCUUCGGUUACUCUUAAUAAUAAACAAGAAUUUUAAUUUUUAGACAUA